GGCUAAACCCCGACCUGGCGCCGAGUGCCGUCACUAACGCAGGGUAGUGGUGGAACGAAAUAGAUGCAUCAUUGUUCCAUACUGUAAACUGAGAACCGCGGCGUUUCAGGCGGUCAAAAACAAAACAGUUAUCAUUUCGGAAAAGCCUGCACUUUUUUGUUUUGUUUAUUUUCUUUUCAAUUCCUCCAGGACGACUGGAUCAGAAGGACAAUUUACAGAGAUUGCUAGAGUGGUGAUUGCAAUCAUGUCAUUACCGGCAAUGAGGCAGGCGGCUUCGAGGGCGCUGAGGAUGCGUGGGCCCGUGGGCCGGCACGUCAGGAUGGUGUCGACGGCUUCGCAUGAGAGCCAGCAGAGGCUGCUCUCCUCGCACCUGCAAACCGCAGACCCGGCCAUGUACGAUAUUGUCGAGAAGGAGAAGCAGAGGCAGAAGCACUACAUCAACCUCAUUCCGUCGGAAAACUUCACAUCCCAGGCCGUGCUGGAUGCUUUAGGAAGCCCGAUGCAGAACAAGUAUUCCGAGGGUUACCCCGGGGCGAGGUAUUACGGCGGUAACGAGUUCAUCGAUCAAUCCGAGAGGCUAUGCCAGCAAAGAGCAUUGGAGACUUUUGGUUUGGAUGACAAGCAGUGGGGAGUGAACGUGCAAGCUCUCUCUGGCGCCCCCGCCAACUUGUACGUAUACUCGGCCCUCAUGGGCGUCCACGACCGCAUGAUGGGUCUAGACCUGCCUCACGGCGGCCAUCUUUCCCACGGAUACCAGACGCCGACCAAGAAGAUCUCGUUCAUCUCAAAGUACUUUGAGACGGUCCCCUACCGGCUGGACGAGUCGACCGGCUACAUAGACUACGACAAGCUGGAGGAGCUGGCACACAUCUACCGUCCCAAGAUCAUCGUUGCGGGCACCUCGGCCUACAGUCGGUUUAUCGACUACAAGCGCAUGCGUGAGAUCUGCGACAAGGUCAACGCAUACAUGCUGGCCGACAUGGCACACAUCUCGGGUAUGGUCGCGGCCAAGGUCAUCCCGGGACCUUUUGGCUACGCCGACAUUGUGACCACGACCACCCACAAGUCUCUGAGGGGCCCUCGCGGUGCCAUGAUCUUCUUCAGGAAGGGCGUGCGUUCGACGAACCCCAAGACCAAGGCUGAGGUCAUGUACGACCUUGAGAACCCCAUCAACCAGUCCGUCUUCCCCGGUCACCAGGGCGGACCUCACAACCACACCAUUGCGGCCCUGGCCGUGGCGCUCAAGCAGGCGCAGAUGCCCGAGUUCCGCGCGUACCAGGAGCAGGUCCUCGUCAACGCCAAGGCUUUUGCCCGCCGUCUGGGUGAGGCCAAGGGCAACGGCGGCGGUCUGGGCUACAAGAUCGUCUCGGGCGGCACGGACAACCACCUGGUCCUGGCGGACCUCAAGCCGCAGGGCAUCGACGGCGCCCGCGUCGAGCGCGUGCUGGAGCUGGUCGGCAUCGCCGCCAACAAGAACACGGUUCCGGGCGACAAGUCGGCCCUGACCCCGGGAGGUCUGCGCAUGGGAACGCCCGCCAUGACGACGCGCGGCUUCGGCGAAGACGACUUUGUGCGCGUCGCCGACAUUGUGGACCGGGCGGUGACCAUCGCCGUGAGGGUUGACAAGGCGGCCAGGAAGGCGGCCGAGGCCAAGGGCGAGAAGAGCCCCGGCAAGCUCAAGAACUUCUUGGAGUACCUGGGCAACGGCGAGACGGAGAGCGAGAUUGUGCAGCUCAGGAGCGAGGUUUCCGACUGGGUUGGGACAUACCCUCUGCCGUGGGAUGUGAAGCCUUGAGACCUUGAGGGGGGACUUGAGUGGACGGGGUUUUUCUCUUUUGGGUUUUUGUCUCUUUUUUUGCGGGCACUGGGGGUUAUUCUUCUGCGUUUGUUGCGAAUCACAUCUCAAACUAUCUAUAUGACAUAUAUUGGGUCUGUCGUUUUCUCGAGAUUUUCAGUCUUCAAUACAUUCAACUGGCAGUCCGGGGAUGAGGAGCUGCCAUGCUAGUGAUA